UGGCCAGUGAGUGGCGCUGCCUGCUUUGCUUUUCCCGUACUUCUUCACUUUUGCCACUGGAGGUCGCCAUUGCGCCUGUAACCUGAGCUGCGUCGGUCUGCUCUGCUGUGUUUCUCCUGGCUGGAGUUUGUGCUUGAGGAGGGAGCCGCACUAACCAUCGCUCUCACAGUCCAGGCGCCAAGUGUAGCAGUCCUGUCCGCAGUCUGCCUCAGCAGCCCGCAAUGCCAUUGGAUAGUGCACUCAUUCCCACCUCGCUCUGACUAACCGCGUCUCUGGAGGAGAUAACCUGGAUCUGGAUUCUCUUGCACUGUUGUGCGUGCUGUCCCGCGUCCUUCACGCGAAUGGAGAAGCUCCAAUGAUAAGAGAGAGUGCAGGGUUUUGCUACUGCAGAAGACCUGCCGCCGGUAGUUCACUGGCCGAGGGCGGGGGAGGGGGGGCGGGGGUGUUGCGCGUCCGUCCACAGGCUGCGGUGUCGCAUCCACUAUUUUGAUCAUCCAAAGACGCCUUGCAUGGCUACACCAUGGCUACGUUUAUGUGCAGGGUGCAGUUCUUAGAUGAUACUGAUCCUUUUAACAGCACCAAUUUCCCCGAGCCCACCAGGCCACCUCUGUACACUUUCAGGGAAGAUAUUCCUCUGAUAAAUCAGAUUGCUGGAGUCCACAGGCUGCUGAAAGCUCCACAGAAGCCUGAUGACUGUGCCCUUCAGCUGUCUCACAAUGGAAGUUAUCUGGACUUGGAGUCAACUCUGGCGGAGCAGAGGGAUGAACUGGAGGGAUUUCAGGAGGAAGGAGGGAGAGGCAAGAAGCACAGUAUUAUUCUUCGAACACAGCUAUCGGUCAGAGUUCACGCCUGCAUUGAAAAACUGUACAACUCAACUGGACGUGAGCUACGAAGAGCCCUUUUUUCCCUCAAGCAGAUUUUUCAGGAUGACAAGGACCUGGUGCACGAGUUUGUGGUGGCAGAAGGACUGACAUGUUUGAUAAAAGUCGGAGCCGAGGCCGACCAGAAUUACCAGAAUUACAUCCUCAGGGCUCUCGGUCAGAUAAUGCUUUACGUGGAUGGGAUGAAUGGCCUCAUAUCUCACAAUGAAACGGUCCAGUGGCUUUACACUCUGGUCGGAUCCAAGUUCCGUUUGGUGGUGAAGACAGCACUAAAGCUGCUGCUGGUGUUUGUGGAGUACACGGAGUCUAACGCCGCCCUGCUCAUAAAAGCUGUUAACGUUGUGGAUGGCAAGAGAGAGGCAAAACCAUGGUCAAAUCUCAUGGAGAUCCUUGAUGAGAAGGAUGGAGUGGACACAGAGCUGCUGGUAUACGCGAUGACACUCAUCAAUAAGACUCUGGCAGGUCUCCCAGACCAGGACUCCUACUAUGACAUGGUGGACUGUCUGGAGGAGCAGGGCAUAGAAUUGGUGGCCCAGAGACACGUGAACAGGAAGGGCACAGACCUGGACCUCGUCGAACAGUUCAACAUCUACGAAAUGACAUUGCGCCAUGAGGAUGGUGAUGAAGUACAGCUUCCCCCCAGCAGCAGAAAGGAUCGCCGACGGGCUAGCGUCGGUGGCACCAAUGAGAGGCGGGGCCUGGAGAGAAGACGCAGUCGGAGACACUCGCUCCAGAACAACAGAAGCCACUCUUCUGCCCCAGCAUCUCCCAGCAGGUCACAUACUCACGCUAGUAGCUUCCUGCCCUUUGAUGGUCAAGGGGUUGAAGACAUCAGUGAAAGUGUGGCUCCAGCUGUAGCAGACACUCCUAGUAUGUGCUUGAGCUUAAAGUGUAUGGCCAACAUCCUUCCUAAAGCCAGUGACCCUGAAGGGCAGAGAGAAUAUGUCAGCGUCAAGACCAGAACAUCUUCUCCUGUGUCCGUCGCACCUGAAAAGGGGACCUUUAGUCCUUGUUCGACAGAAACAAACAACCCUCCCACACGUUACACAGCUAGAAAGCCUUGCUGGUCUGACAGAAUCAGUGCCAAUGGCACUGCGUACCCUGGCAGACACCAGGCUCCGACAUCACCCAUUCAUCGCUUCACCAGUUCAGCAGACUCCCAACCAGACAGACCCACUUUAGGGGGCUUGCUCACUUCAUCGUACAGACAGCAUCAAGAAUCACUGGCUGCAGAGAGAGAGCGGAGGCGCCUGGAACGAGAGGAGCGUCUGCAGAGAAUCGAAAGAGAAGAGAGGAAUCGGUUCAAUCGCGAUUAUGUGGACAAAAGGGAAGAAGCAAGACAAGCGCGGGAGGAAAGGUACAAGGCUGUGGAGAGACUCGCCGCAGAGGAAUUUGAGCGCGAGCGACCCAGAAUGCCAACAAGAGGACGGACAGAAAUUACGUUGUGUUUGAGUUCCAACCCCGCCAGCCGCGCAGCGUCACGCUGUGCCACACCUUCACCCAUCACCUUACAGGAAAACACUGUUAGUGCUGCACAACAAACAUCGAGAACAGAACACGUCUCAGAGCCAAACCUUGACCCACAAACCAGAAACAAAAGUCCAGCGCCAGAAUUAACAGUAUCCGCAUCUGCCCCCACACCUCCCUCUGAGCCUGAACAGCAGCAGACUGAGACAGAGUCGCAUGCCGAGACAGAACAUGUUGCUGAGUCUCAUCAGAAUUUAGUGACAGAGCACGAGUCCGAUGAACAGUCAGGAAUGGAGAAAGAAGAAAGACAAGAGCAGGAGAAGCUUGAGGAGCAGGAAGAGCGCAGGGAUGAGGCAGUGGACGAAGAGCAGGUAGAGGAAGUGGAGGGGCCUAAUGUAGAAGAGGUGGGGGAGCAUGAUGUAGAGGUAGAUGUAGAGCUAGAGGAGGAGGAGGAGUGCGAGAGGGAGCAGACAGCAGAAAGAGACGUGGAUGACAGUGUAAUGCUGAGUGAGAAGGAGAGACAGAAUGAGGAAGUGAAUGAAAAGGACAACUGCUCUGCGUCGAGCAUCUCCUCUACGAGUAGCACACUGGAGAGGGAGGAGCGGGAGGAGAAGCUCACAGGUGACAUUGACGCAGGCCAGUGGACGCAGUGCAUUAAAGACGCAGAUGUGAAUGACCAGUGCACCGAGAUCCUGAACAGCAAGCGCUUCAUGCUGGACAUGCUCUAUGCUCAGACAACAGCCAGCAAGGACGAGGAGAGUGUCGGAGAAACCGAGAAAGAAACAUGUAAAUGUGAGAAGGAGUCGGAGGUCAGUGACUCGUCUGUGGCCAGUUUGGCCAGCAGGAUCUCCACGCUGGAGGCUCACAGACAGGCCAGAGAAGAAAAUGUGAAAAAAAUGGAGGUGGGACAUCUGGACAACCAGGGCAGUGUCCGCGCAGUGGCAGAGAAGUUUGGAGAUUUGGUCAAAGGCUUGACCUCUCCUCCCGAGGGGGAGGCCUCAAAAGAGCAGCAGACUGACAAAUCCUCAGCGACCACAGCCUCGUCUGGCUUACCUCCUAAGAAAGAGUCCGAUUAUAUCUGGGAUCAGCUCAUGGCGUCACCCAGGGAGCUGCGAAUCAAAGACAUUGACUUCACGGACCUGAGGGACGAUGAUGACUUGGACAUUUUAGAUAUGGACAAUAUGAUGGGAUCACGUGACCUGAUACCACCACCUCCUCCUCCUCUUCUGUGUAACACCGCCCUGCCGCCACCCCCACCACUGUUUGGGUGCCCCCCGCCCCCUCCGAUGCUUGGCAAAAUGAUGCCACCGCCACCACCAUUCAUGCCCCCUAUACCUCCGCCCUCCCCUCACCUCAUUCGAGGGGAGGUGCCUCUCUUCCAAAAGAAGAAGAAGACCAUCCGUCUCUUCUGGAAUGAGGUGCGUCCAGUGGACUGGCAGUGCAAGAGCCAUAAAUUCUGUAAGGAGUCCCUCUGGUCCAAACUGGAGCCAAUUAAACUGGACACAUCCAAGCUGGAGCAGCUGUUUGAGUCCAAAUCCAAGGAGCUGCCUGUCACAAGGAAAGCAGCCGUCGAUGGGAAACGGCAAGAAAUCAUAGUCCUGGAUUCCAAACGAAGCAAUGCCAUUAACAUAGGUUUGACUGUCUUACCUCCUCCCCGCACCAUCAAGACUGCUAUCCUCAACUUCGAUGAGUAUGCACUAAACAAGGAGGGAAUUGAGAAAAUCCUGACCAUGAUCCCCACAGAGGAGGAGAAGCAGAGGAUCCAGGAAGCUCAGCUGGUCAACCCUGAUAUUCCCCUGGGCAGCGCUGAACAGUUCCUUCUCAUCCUCUCCUCCAUCACAGAGCUGUCUGCUCGCCUGCAGCUGUGGGCAUUCAAGAUGGAUUAUGAGCUUAUUGAAAAGGAAGUGGCAGAGCCUCUUCAGGACCUGAAGGAAGGGAUGGACCAGUUAGAGAAAAACAGCACACUCCGCCACAUCUUGACCACACUGCUGGCUAUUGGCAAUUUCCUCAACGGCACCAAUGCUAAAGGCUUUGAGCUGAGCUACUUGGAGAAAGUGCCAGAAGUGAAGGACACCGUCCAUAAGCAGUCUCUGCUGCACCACACCUGCUCCUUUGUGGUCGAGAAGUUUCCAGACAGCACUGAUCUCUACUCUGAGAUAGGAGCCAUCACCCGCUUGACAAAGGUGGACUUUGACCAGCUUCAAGACAAUUUGGCCCAGAUGGAGCGACGGUGCAAAGCAUCAUGGGAUCACCUCAAAGUCAUAGCAAAGCACGAGAUGAAGCCAGCGUUGAAACAAAAGAUGUCCGACUUCCUCAAAGACUGUGCCGAGAGGAUCAUUAUCCUCAAGAUCGUACAUCGGCGGAUCAUCAACAGGUUUCACGCCUUCCUGCUGUUCCUGGGCCAUCCGAUAUACACUGUGCGGGAAGUCAGCAUUCACCGCUUCAGCAAGAUCCUGAGUGAGUUCGCCCUGGAGUAUCGUACAACAAGAGAGCGUGUGCUGCAGCAGAAACAGAAGAGGGCCAACCACCGGGAGAGGAACAAGACCAGGGGGAAAAUGAUAACAGAUAGUGAGGAUGACGAUGACAGUGAGAGUGGUAAAUUUGGCAGCUCCCCACAGGAAAGCCAGCCUCAGGGUAUCCAGUAUGCUGAAGACGCAGCCGAACAUGAGAACAUGAAGGCCGUUCUGAAGAGCAGCCUGCAGUGCGGGGAGGGCAGCACGUCCACAGUGCCGGGCCUCAGAACACGCACCAGAGCUGGCAGCGCCAGAGGGCGCGCUCCCCCGUGGUGCUCUGCCAGUGGUGACCCGGUGACCUGUGCGGAUGACACGGCAGAUGAGAUCAUGGAGAGGAUCGUCAGGUCAGCCACUCAGGGGCCCAGCCAGCGGACACAGCCUCGAGAGAGGAGACGGUCCCGCGUCAACCGGAAAUCACUGAGGAGGACACUGAAGAAUGGUUUGACCACAGAGGAGGCCAGCGCUCUUGGCUUCUCCAGCGGGACAGAGAUGCAGGUAUGAGCUGGACCUGGAUCCCGUUGGGACAUUUAAGACGUCUGGAAUCCCCUUUUUACUGCGCCCCCUCCAUUUUGCCUACAUCCAACACGGCGACCCCACUGCAAUCCGACUCGGCACUCAUCCCUCCCUUUCAGCUUUCGAUGAGUUCAUCUCAUUUUUAUGCGUUUUAGUUGACGUAGGCUUGACGCAAAAGUGCUUCUUGAAGAGAGCGGAUUAAAAAAAGAAAAAAAAAAGCUGAGCAAGAUUUUAUUCACAAACUGAACUACGGGGGCACAGAGAGCUGACACCGACCGACGCAUUCAAACCACUCGGCUUUGCUGACGAUCUGCAAUCACCAUCUUCCUUUGAAUGUGACGUGUAUUCUACUUAGUCGUCAGAAUUGUUGGCAGGGCGUGCGCUUCAAUCUCAGUGGCCUUGACUGAAUCAAGAGGGCUAAACGUGGUACAGGCUCUACUUGCAGCUCUAGUAUCAUGUUGAAUUGAAACGACAUUUCAUCUAUUGAAUAGAUGGCAUUGUGCAGAGUUAUUGUUUUAUACUACUGUGGUAGUUGUAUGUUUCUGUUCCAUUUUGCUCGAGAAGGUGCUCAAAUAAUAAUAAUUAAAAAAACACACAUAUAUAUAUAUAUAUAAUUGCACUGGAUGUGAAAGUAUCAAUGGAAUGUGAAAACCUUGACACUGAUGAACCACUCCGACAUCUGCAUCUAAAACUUUACUCGCCAGUUUUACCAGCAACUCCCCAACUACAGUAGCACAGUUUUUAAAGUCUGAUCUAAAUCCACAGAUUGGAGGCAGGUGUCAUUCGUUCACCGGGUACAGAGGAAUUAAUCCGAGGAACUAAAUUACUAGUGAAAGCCAUGUUUCGCACCAAUGCUCGCCACGUAAACAUUUCCAGCUUCAACAAACGCAGACGCGUUACGUCACGUGACCUAUUCUCACUCAUGGACUGAACAGUUGGGGGAGAUUGUUUUGGGUUGUGCGCGACGGCAACCUGCAGAAGUUACAGUACGCUGUUUUUACUUUCAAGAAGAUUUACGAGCUGCACAUUUCAGAGUGCCUUUCAGAGACCGUUAUUUAUUAAGACGUUUUCAGGGACAUAAUAAUAAUAAUGAUAAAAAAAAGUCGGCAGUCUGCAAGGGGUGAAACAAUCAUAUUGCAACCAUUAAUGAGCUGUGAUUUAUUUUUAACCAGUGUUUUUUAAACUUGCCCUUGCAAGAAUUCCGGUUGUUUAUUUGACCUCCAGUGAUUUAUCGUUUGGAUCAAAUAGUUUAUGAAGAUAGCUUUUUAAGUAUUUAUGACAACUUAGGGAUGGUUAUGCACAUUAGCUGUAUCCUGUGACCGAACUGUAGAACACGGGCAAUUUGUUAAUCCACUCAAGUCAAGUUCUCGGUAAAAUGCAACAUAAAAAAAAAGUAGUCAGCCAUGUGAUGUGUCGUUGGACUGGCAUCACUGGAGAUCAGUUACAGGACAUAGAGAGUGUUCUUUCAUUAUUUAAUUAUGAAUGUAAACAUCAGAGGUUACACACGCGGUAACAUAACAUCUCCAUGAUUUAUCAAUAUAAUAAAAACACGUUAGUCCGUAUUGAAAUCGACAAUAAGGAGCCUGCAGCAGCUCAACCUUUUAGAAUGGGAGUAUGUUCUUGAACUUUCGGUGAGCUCAUUGUGCUUGUUUUGGUUCAACUGUUAUGACCCUGGCUUCACCAGAACAACAGUUUGUAAGUUGCAAGUCAUUCUAUCCUAUUGUAAAUAUUCACUGUGAUGGAAACAUAGCCAUUGAGAGACAGGAAUCUGGCGCAUCACACGCUCAAGCUUCAUAAAAUCACACCAGCAAUGCGUUUUUUGUUUUGUUUUGUGUUUCUUUUUACUGAAAACUAUUCAGCACCUUAGACACGAUGUGUAGCAUGCAACUAAGAACUGAAGUGACGAGAGAGGAGCUCAUUGCGUUUGCCAGAUUGUACUGACUUUUGUCUAGGAACACAACACAGUAGAACGUGUAAAGUAAUAUGGGAGAACGCUGUAAAAUAAUGUACAUGUCCUGAUAAUGUCCUUGUUCUUCUGUUUUUUUUUUGGUUUUUACUGUUUUUGCUCCAUGUGUAGAAUAGUGUAUUAUAGACUAAACGCAGUAUUAUUCUAAAUAUAAUUUAAGCAAACCAGGCCAUGCAUGGUUUAUUAAAAAAAAAAAAAGUGUCACUUCUGCUUGAUAUAAAGGGAGGUUAACUUUGGUUGUAGGUUGAGGUGUAGGUUUUGUGUUUUUACCAGCUACUCCCUGUGGAAUCUCGUAGAAGCCUUUUUUUUUAUUGCAUUGCACUCAUUUUAUUCUAUUCAUGUAACGUUAGCCCCGCCACACACAUCGCUGCCUGUGCCAUUACAUCACUGUGGAGCUUGGAUACAAGCGCUAUACAACCGAGGCUUCUAUUGCAUCUGUGUCCACAGCAAAAACUAUGUAACAACUACAAUAAAAAGGCUUGAUAAAGCA